AUGGGCUUAUGUGGUGAUUAUGGAGAGUUUAACACCUGUAAUGGUCGACCCAGUGAUCGGAAAAUCGAGGCUGCUUGUUACUCCGACCCAGAGACAUGGAAAUCGAGUUUAGAUGAGAAAGGAAGGAUAGAUGAAGUGAAGACUACCGAUGUACAUACGUUUAUGCAGCAUCUUGUAACAUUUGGAAUUGUCAAAAGAGAAGAUAUAGAAAGCUUGUAG